AUGGGAGUUUGUAUGUCAAUUGCAAAGCCGUCAAUACAUUCAGUCGAUUCAAGAAGCUUGCUUAACCUCUCUAGUUUAAAAAGAGUAAAUUUUAUUUAAAAAAAUUAUAGGGUGUUAGGGUGUUAAGGUGUUAAAAUUUUAAAAAAUUUUUAUAAAGGAGAUUUAGCACAGUGCUAGUGCAAGAAGAACAGAAAAUCAGUCUUAAUACAUUUGAAAACAGUGGAGCGAGGAAACUUUUUAAAAAGAAAGGAUCUGCUUUCGAUUCUCGGCUAGAAGAAGAAAUCACUUUAGAUGCUCCGACAGCAGUGGUGACCGAUAAAGAUAAAACAAGAAGAGAAGUGGAUAAUAUUAAAUAUGCCCUGAGUAAACACUUUAUUUUCAAUAGCUUGACUGAGGAUCAGCUCGAUUUUAUAAUAGGCAAAAUGAAGCAUUACGCUUUGAGCCCUGAUGCAAUAGUAUUUAUGCAAGACCAGCCUGGAGGCAAUUUUUUUGUUGUGGCUUCAGGCAAGCUGCAAGUAAUUAUCAAUGGAACUUUGACAAAAAUCCUAAAGCCAGGGGACUCGUUUGGAGAACUUGCACUUCUCCAUGACACCCCAAGAAGUGCGACUAUAAAGACAAUAGAAAAAACAGUUCUUUGAGGUGUUGACCGACAAACAUUUAGAACGACACUAGAGCAACUGAAUUCCAUGAAUUAUCAAGAAAAUCUCAAUUUUAUUGAGACUGUGCCAAUUUUCCAAAUUUUAACUGUACAACAAAGAGAUGCGCUGGUUAGCUCUCUAUCAACACAUGCAUUUUAUCCACAGCAGAGGAUUGUAAACGAAGGCGAGCCUGGAGACUUGUUUUACCUUAUUAAGGAAGGAACGGUUUCUUGUGUGAAGGAGGGGCAAGAAAUAAGAAGCAUGGGAAGAGGAGAUUAUUUUGGAGAGCAAGCUUUACUUCAUAACUGUGUACGAACUGCAACAGUUAUUGCAAUUACUCAGGUUAAGUGCUUACUCCUCCUUUUAAGCACUGCGGUCGGCCAACUGACAUUGCGCUUCACCAAAUCAAGAAAAACCUAGCCGGACACGGAUAUCGAACACCAGCCUCCCUUCCUCAAAGUACCCCAAAGCCCUUUCGGAUGCCGCCUACAGGAAUUAAGAGGGUGGGUUGAUUCACCACGUCAAUUUAAUGUAUGGGUUAAAGUUCCUAAAAAAUGGAGAUUUCCUAUAUUUUGUUCCAAUAUAAUGGGGAGGAGUUAGCAAUUGGGAGAGACUCUUUAACAAAAGUGCUGGGCAGCAAGCUCCAACACAUUAUUUAUAUUUUUUCAAUAAAAAUACAAAAUAAUAUUAUACAAGCUAUCAUUUUUUUUUCUAUAUAAAAUAAGAAUUGAUUGUCUUAUAUAAUUGACCUAUUUUCUAUUAAAAAUUUUACAUAAAUACACAACGAAUUGCACUGGAAAGAAGCCCUUAUAUUUCACAAUUAACAAGAAACCAAGUGUAUACAUAAAAAUGGCCAGCGACAAGUGUCCCUUGCUUUUCGUGGGGGUUGUUCUUAUAAUAUCCGGACGAGAUUUUGGUGAAAGGAGCUGAGCAUGAAAGAAUCGAUGCAUCGGUUGAGAAAUGAAACCGAAAAGACAGCCAGGUUGUAUAGGCAGCUUUAGGGGGGGGCGAUAACACAAGAAAACCCGCAUUAUUAUAAAAAAUGUGUAUGAUGAUGUGCGAUAGGAACAAUACAUAGGAUAAGAUAUGAGACUUGUGUGAAGCAGCUACCUAAGCUGCUUUUAAGACCUAUCCUGAAUUUGUGCAAGCGCAUUGAGUUUCCCUCAGAGACUAUCCGGGAAAAACAGGGAAGACAGUCUAGACGAAGAUAUCAGGGCUAGUCUCUCCAGUCUAAAAGGGUAAACGAUCUGGCCUAAGCUACUAGGGUUGGGAAAUUUUUGAGAUUGGGUUUAAAAUAGAGGUUCCCGAAAAAAUUGAUUUUCCAGAUCAGGAGGGAAAAUGUCUCUAGAAGCCAGGAGCUUCGGCCUGGGCCAAGCUGCCUUUGAGGGAGCCCACCCCGCAGGCGUUCGCCUGCGGAAUGCACAGAUCUUCAUGAAGUAGGGACUAACCACCGUAAUCUAAUCUAUCUUAGCAAGAGACCAAGUUGAAUCUAUAAUUAGGAGUAUGAGAGUCCAUACUUUCCAGCAUGGCCAAAUUGUUAUUAAUGCAGGCAUUGAAAAAGGGGUAGCAUUAUAUAUUUUUACUAACUCCCCCCCCCCCCCUCCGUGAGCGAACAAAACCAUUAGAAAAAUCGCCAUUUUUUGACCAAAAACCCACCCUCCGUGAGUGAACAAAAAUUUUUUUUUAAUAGAAAAAAUUUUAAUGGAAAAAAAUUUUGAUAUAUAAAUGAUAAUUAGUAUAAUGAAAUCUAGAGCUAAUUCUGUUUAAUUUUAAACAAAUUGCGUUUUAAAAACAUAAAUUUUGCAAAUUAAAUUAAUAUUUGCUUCCCAAUUUUUGCAAAUUAGGAUUUUUUUAAAUUUCGAAAAAAAUAUUUUUUAUAAAAUUUAUAUAUAAAUUUUUUUUAAAAAAAAAAAAUUAAACCCCCCUCCGUGAGCGAACAAAAUUUUUUUGUUCGCUCACGGAGGGGGGGGGGUAAAACUAAAAGGAAAUCUUAGAAACCAUUCCGGAACUAAAGUCUAUGAGUCACUUUGCUGUUUAGGUGACUUAGAUAUAACUGGAAAUUUUAAUGAAAUUUACCCAGAAGAACUUAUAGCGGAAGGAAAAGUUGAUAUAGCUGUUAUAUCAAGGGCUGAAUUUGAAAUUUUAAUUGGUGGGGAGUUUAUUGAAAUUAUUAACAAAAAUGAAGCUUUGGCUGUGCUUAAAAAGGUCCAGAUUUUUCGAGACCUGUCUCAAGAUAAAAUCAUUCGGCUAAUGAACUGUUUAAAAUUAGAAGAAUUCCAGGACGGAGAUUUCAUUUUUAAACAAAACGACCCUGGGGAUUCCCUUUUUAUUAUAAAAACAGGGCGAGUUGAAGUAUAAUCUUUAUAAUAAAUAUUAUUAAUAUAAUCCUAAACACUAUUUACCAUAAUUCAUGGAAGUCCUCUAUAAUAAAAAAUCAUAUAACUUGUAGGUCUGUUGGCGAGCAAAACCAUUGGGAAAUUUAAUUUUUCCUCUAAAGCAAGUAAAAUUUAUUGAAUAUAUAAAAAAUCUCGAACUAUAUUUAUUAAUUUUUGACAGCCUGAAUUCUAAAUUAACCUACUCUUUCCUUUUAAAUUUUAUAGGUUGGCAAAUUACCCCUUAUAAACGAGUAAAAAAAUUUUGUUCGCUCAUAAGUAGUGGGAGUAAGAGUUCGUACAGUAGCAAAGCAUGACUACUUUGGAGAAAGAUCAGUCCUUUACAACGACCUCCGUACUGCCUCCAUAAAAGCAUCAGGCCAAGUCACCUGCUGGGUUUUACAUCAAAAAGAUUUUUUAAACAUCAUAAACGAUGACAUCAAAAAUCUCCUUGUCAAACGAAUACAGCUUCAAGACACAAAUGUCAAUUUGCAAGACUUGAUCAUCAAAAAGACCCUUGGCAGAGGUAUGUUUGGGAUCGUAUUUUUAGUCAUGCAUAAGUCCAAAAAAACCUGCUACGCCUUAAAAACUGUAGAAAGGAAAAAAGUCCUCAGAUACCAAAUUCAAAACAAUUUGGUAUUAGAAAGAAAAGUCCUGAUGCAGCUCGACCAUAUAAUGAUAAUGAAGCUGAUAAGGACUUUUAAAGACGAAAAACGCAUUUAUUUUUUGACAGAAUAUGUAAGAGGCCAAGAAUUGUUUGAUGUCAUAAGACAGAUGGGGCUAUUAUCAGAAAGUGACGCAAAGUUUUAUAUAUCUUGUUUAGUCGUCAUUUUAGAACAUUUACAUGAGCGAGAUAUUGUUUAUAGAGACCUGAAACCUGAAAAUAUAAUGGUCGACGAUGAUGGAUACCCGAAAUUAAUAGAUUUCGGGGUUGCUAAGAUUUUGCAAGGGCGAACCUUCACGAUUGUAGGGACUCCACACUAUAUGGCCCCUGAAAUAAUCACUGGGAAAGGCUAUGGGACCCCAGUUGACUAUUGAAGCAUGGGGAUCAUUCUAUAUGAGUUUAUAUGUGGGAGUGUGCCUUUUGGUGAAGACGAAGAAGACCCUUUCGCAAUUUACCAGAAAAUUUUGGACCAUAACUUGAUGUUCCCUUCUUGACUUGACCAAAGCUUGCCUGCACGAGUUUUCGUUGAGCAGCUGCUUCAUCUGAACCCGUCGCUUAGAAAUGGAGGGUCAAUUCAAAAAUUAAAAACAAAUUCAUGAUUUUCCACUGUUUUGUGGGAAAAUUUGCUUUCUAAGCAGGUAAAGCCACCUUUAAUUCCUUUGAUAGUUGAGACAGAAUCAGCUCAGUCAGGUCUUUUACAUUUUAAUUUGGAUGAUUAUAUAUCUAAAGAGGAGGCUAAUUCAGCUUUCCCAUCAAUCACACCUAAGCAGCGGCCUGGGUCAAACUUGAACUGGGAUGAAGAUUUCUAG